AUGGCCAACGCAGAAAUGACGCGGAUAUGUUGUGGGAAGAGAGCAGUCACCGCGGCCGAGCUAGAGAGCACCAGGGCAGCAGGACCAGGUAGAGAGGGCCGCUUCCAUACGAACCCCGUCACCGACGAUCCCCUUAGAGAAAUCCCUAUGAUAUGUUCCUGCAUGAAGAUAGCUACAGGAGAAGAUAGUAAUGAAAAAGAAAACAUUAUAAAGUAUUUACAGGAAUUUGGAUAUCUCGAAGCAGAAUCAACAAAUAUUGGUGAAAUUUCAGAUAUCAAAAAUGCCUUAAUUUUAUUCCAAAAGAAGUUUAAUUUGAAACCUACUGGUGAAAUAGAUCAAGAAACUUUAGAUCUGAUAAACAAACCUCGAUGUGGUGUAGAAGAUCAUGCAGUAUCUUUUACCUCACAUAUUGCUAAAUGGAAUAAGAAAACUAUUAAAUGGUAUUAUGCAGGUUCAUCGAAAAGAAUGAAAGAAUUGAGUGAAAUUGCUUUUAAUACUUGGAAAGAGCAUACAGAUCUAAUUUUUGAAGAAGAUAGUUCAAAUUAUGACAUCAUCAUUUCAAAUAAGAGACGUUUGCAUAGGAAAGAAUCAAGUGGACAACAUUAUUGUCCUAAACGAUUUGAUGGUAAAUCAGGUGUACUGGCUCAUGCAAAUUACCCAAAUUCUAAUAAUGAUGUUGUUGAAAUCCAUAUGGAUCAAGAUGAAGAUUGGUACUUUGAGAUUGAUACAAAUACUCCAAAAGAGAAGAUAAACUUUUAUGCAGUUUUAGUUCAUGAAAUUGGUCAUACAUUAGGAAUUCCUCAUUCAGCAGAAAAUACCUCAAUCAUGUAUCCAUUAUAUAACAGUUCCAAUAUUGAAUUAAGUAAAGAUGAUAUUCUUGUAGUACAAAGCUUAUAUGGGAAACCAGUUGUAGGAGAUGAUGAUGAUGAUGAGGAAGAUGAGGAGACUGAUGAUGAAGAAAAAGAUUUAGAUCCUCCAGAAUUAUGUAAGCUGAAUAAUAAAAUUAAAAACUUUCUGAUUGUCGAUCAGGUCCUAUAUAUUUACUAUGAGAAAUGGGUUUGGAUAAUGGAUUUGGAUAAUUUAGAUGUUCGCACUAAACCACAACUUAUAAGUGAUUGGUUAACAUUUCUUCCAAAAGGAUUUAACAAUAUAACUGCUUCAUAUCAAAGACCAUCUGGAGAUGUUAUUUUAUUCAUUGACAACAAAUUGUAUAUAAUGGAAAUACCCUCUUUUAGGUUAAAAUUUGGUUAUCCAACAUCUUUAACAUCUCUUUCAUUACGAAAAAAUGUAAUUCUACAUUCAGCUGUGAACACAUAUUCUGGUAAAAGCUUUAUAUUUUUUGAUGAUGUUUAUUAUGUAGAAAUUGAUGAAUGUAAGGGAAUAAGUAAAAAAUAUGGACGUAUUACAAAAGAAUUUUCAGGAAUACCUCCAGGUAUAGAAUCUAGUUUCAGAUAUACAAAUGGAUUAUUAUACUUUAUUAAAGAUAAAACAUUCUAUGAGUAUAGUGAAUUUACAAAUUCUGUUGUUAGAGCAGAUAGGCGGCCCGCAGCAGGCGCGCCGCAGAUGGCGCUGAUCGCCGUCCGCCAUCGGCCGGUACUGGGCUGGACGUGGCGGGACGCGCGGCGACGUGCGCUAUCUGGCGGCCAUCGGCGGCCGUCCGCCGGCGCAGGCAGCCACGCCGCUGGCAAAAAGGAACGACCCGCUCCCCGGCCGAGCGCCGCUGCGGCUGCGGUGUCGGCGCGACACGCCGCGGAGGGCGGCUGGCUCCUCCAGGUCGUGCGCGCCGAUGAAGUGCUCGAGCACUCUGGAGUCCUGCCUCCGCUGCCGCCGCCGCCACGACCACCACCGUCCUCAUCUGCUGUCAUCACACCACACAAGACGUCGCUGCCGUCAUCCCCCACCACCCUGGUUACGUUCGGCCUCUGA